AGGGCGACCCAGCGUCCCUCCCCUUCUCCCCCCCCCUCCUCUUCUCAGCCUCCUCCUGCCCUCCCCUAUCUACCUACACUGCCAGUCCCCAGCGCAGCAGGAAUGAGCUUUUCCCUCUGCCCCCUUCAGUUGCCUUGUGCCGAGCCAGAAGUUGGCACCGGGGACUUCUGCUGCUAUUGAGGGGCCAGGGUGGGCAGAGCACUCUGCCAGCGGAGCUUGAUCCAGGAGGAGCAUCCACGUCCCCAGCAACAGAGUAGGAGACUUUCCUGCUGGGAGUGGAACGGACGGGGACUCAGGGAUGGACCCCAAGGAGCGGAAGAAGAUCCAGUUUUCUGUGCCUGCUCCCCCCAGCCAACUGGACCCUCGGGCAGUCGAAAUGAUCCGCCGGCGGAGGCCGACCCCAGCUUUGCUGUUCCAGCUGUCAGAAACUUCAUCCCCUGAAGAUGAAGGAUCUCCAUACCAGAGAGCUUUGGGCGAAGGCUACCACCUUAAGAACAAAAGGAACGCCCCCUGUGCCUACACCCCUCCUUCUCUUAAAGCUAUGCAGCGCUUAGCACAGAGCCAUUUGGAAUCCAACAGCUCCUGGAUGGAAGAAGACUAUGCGGAGGAUGUCGAGGAAGAUGAAGAAGAUGAAGAGGACGACGAGGAAGAGGCUCAGGACUCAGACGACACCGUGAGAGAAAUGCCUGGCCUGUGUCAGCCGGAAGGAUCUCAGACCUGCUCAGGAACCAAGGCCGCCUUGUUAAGGCAAUGCACAGUCUUGGAAAAUAAGCCCAAAGAAUCGGAGCAUCCUGUCUAUCCAGCUCUCUCCAAAUCGCAGAAGCGGAAAGGUGGGCAGAAAGUCUCCUUUGCUGGAUCUGUAGAGGAGGUGCGAGAGGAGCCCAGCGACCCUGAUGAGUCUGAGAAAGAAAGUGCCAAAGAAGGGGGACCAAAGAGCCAGGGGGCAGAGGAGGAGCUGGAGAAGGGAGACCCACCUCCUGCAGAUCACGUCAUGGAACUGAGUCAGUCUGGAUGGGAAGAGAGACCUCCUCGUGCCGUUGACCUGGAAACCCGUUCCUCUCCACCCCCUAUCCGCACAACCACCUAGCAGAAGAAAUGAAGAGUAGAGCUAGUGGGAGACUCGUCCGUCAGCAGAAAACUCCCAUUUACCUAGACAGAUUGAAUCAUUUACUUUCUCUUUUAUUCGGUUUUUUUUCUGUUCUAAACUUUGUGUUUCAUUUGACCGUGCUUUGGUUUGUGUUCAGUGAAUUAUUUAGCAUGGAGGGAGAAGGAAGGGCACCUAGAAGGCACAGCAGCAGGGAAUUAAUCCUCCAAGGUCAGAGGCAGGUGGCCAGAUGCUGGUGACAAAUGGCAGAGGGGAGCCACCUUCCUGGACAAAAUGGCUGCUUUGAAUGGAAGACCGUGUGGCAUUAUACCCUGCACCAGAGGUCCCUUCCUCCCCCACCGCAACCCUUCCCACCCCAGGAUCCACUCCCCACCCCCCUCAAUUUUCAGGAAUUCCCCAACUCAGAGGGUGGAUUCUAUGGCACGACAUUCCGGCUUAGCUCUGCCACCUCACCAAACUCUGCCCCCACCUCUCCAGGAAUUUCCUUAGCCACAGCCAGCAACCCUAUGAAUCAGAAAUUCUACAACCAUGUUUUACGAGGCCAGUGACCAGUGGCCUUAACUAAGCCAAUAAUCUUAAGUAUCCAGGGGAAUCUUCUGGAAGGGUAGCCAUGCUAGUCUGUUUGCAGCAAGGCCCAGUGACACCGUACAGGUCAGUCAGUAUGUUUAUUUAGUAGUUAACCCAAAAAUCACCGUACAAGUCAACACAGUUUAUUCCAGUAGAAUUUCCCAUUUCAGGGCUGACUUCCCAAAGGGCAUGAAGUGCAGCGUUGGGCAUGUCUUAUGCAGUGAAGUCUGCAUCAUGAAAUCGUAGGCUGGAACAAAUUGCACGAGUCUGUAAGUUGCCACUGGAUUCCAGUUUCAUUUAUCCAAGCCAGGGGUUCCCACCGGCACUAGGACACCCAGCAACAUCUUUUCUGGCUCCUGCCAACUGUUUUCUGCAUACACUUCCUUUGGCAGCAGCCAUUUUGUGGCAGCCAUUUUGUUGCUGCACCCCACCGUGCCGGGUCAGAAUUCCAAAUGUGCCUACAGGCUCAAAAAGGCUGGGGCCCCCUGAACGAAGCCAAGGAAUUCGGGCAGUUGGAUGAGAGUUUGCUGGAAACUGAAUUUGAAAAUGUACAAAUGACCUGAUAUCUUGACGCUGGGUUCAGAUUGGGAGCAUAAACAGUACUGACACCCUUGCCCUCCCACCCGACCCCAUGUUCUGUUCACACCUCCCCAAGCAGAAGACGCAAGGUCCAAUCCACUUGCAUAACCGAAAUGGUUGUUUUUCUCUCUCUCUCUCUGCCUUUUGACCCCCUCCCCCGCACACACCUACACCUCUUCCUGUGUGCCUCGCUGGUCUAUUAAAGCUUUGUAAAUAA